UGUCUUAUGACUAAUAACUCUAUUUUGUCACGAAGUAUACAGAAAUACCACUCGGUGAAAUCUAUAAAUUAGCUAUAUAUCAUUUCAUCCUCCACGAUUUAUAAGUCCUACCUCAAGAUAAAUCAACCGCAAUGACUCCGGCAACGCAUUCCGCCGCUUCUCUUCUGCUCAGCCUCGCUCUCGUCUUCAUCAUUUUCCAUGGGGCAAAGGCGACGGUGAUCACGUUCACAAACAACUGCCCCACCACAAUCUGGCCGGGACUCCUCACCGGCGCCGGCUCCCCACUCUCCACCACCGGCUUCGAGCUGGCCGCCCAAGCCACCGCCAAGGUCGCCAUCCCUCCGCCCUUCAGCGGCCGGUUCUGGGCCCGAACCGAGUGCUACUGGAACUCGACGGGCCAGUUCAACUGCCCCACCGGCGACUGCGGGACCGGCCAGGUGUCGUGCAACGGCGCCGGCGGCAACCCGCCCGUAUCCCUCGUAGAGUUCACUCUAGCAGCCGACCCCACCACCGGAAACGACUUCUACGACGUCUCCCUCGUCGACGGGUUCAACCUCCCGGUCUCCGUGGCCCCCAGCGGCGGGACGGGGAGGAACUGCACCACGUCCAGCUGUCACGGAAACGUGAACGCCGUCUGCCCAGCUGAGCUGGCGGUCAAGGGCGCCGACGGGUCGGUGAUCGCGUGCAUGAGCGCGUGCGACGCGUUUCAUCUGCCGCAGUAUUGCUGCACGGGGAUCUACGCCAGCCCCGCCACGUGCCGGCCGUCGACCUACUCCCAGAUUUUCAAGGGGCAGUGCCCGCAGGCGUACAGUUACGCUUACGAUGACACGACUAGCACGUUUUCUUGCGGCGGAGGAGCUAAUUACGCCAUCGUUUUCUGUCCCUCGAAUUAGUUGCAUUGUUAAUGAUAUGUCUUAAUCAGAUUUACGGGGUGGUUAAUUGAAGUUUGUUGUAUGUAUUGAGUAUAGUAAUACGAAAUAAUAUAUGAUCAUUCAAACUUCAUAAUCAUUGGUAUAAUCUUCAGACUUAUAUAUAACUAAAUGUAUGUGAUAAUCAUUUACGAUUUAUUUACAUCUUAAGUAUUUCUAAAACUUGUUCGUUCUAUACAACGUAAUUUAGAAAUUCUCCUAAUCCUAAUGAUUAUUACAAGAUUAAAUUUAUGAGUUAAAAAUACAUCAAUUGAUCCUAAUUCUAAACUAUAUAAUCUAAUACUACAAAAUUAAGCAAAUGUGUAUCAUUAAAAUUUGAUAAUUGGA